AUGGUGAAGCCUCAGGACAGACUUCCCAUCACCACAUCUUCUUCCACCUCAGCUGGGGCUGAACAAGGCUCCUUCUCCCUGUGGGUUAGCAGAGCUACUUCUUUAAUGUGUCCUUUCAGACAUCCCACAACCACUUCACAGUUGGGCUGCACUGAGAUUCAGCAAAAGAGGCUGAAGAAUGGUCUGGUAAGCACCACAAAGACCUUCAGGGACCUGGCUGCUGUCCCAUCUCACACAGCAUCCCAGCGCGUCCCAGUUAAAAGACAAGCUUCAGAGAGCACAGAGCUGGACUUCAAGGGCUGUCCUGUUGGGAUGAGGGUCUUUAUCACCAUCCUGUUGGCUGCUCUGCUGUGCCUCAAUCAAGGGAGUGGACAGAAGGAGAGAGAGUGGGCAGAUGAAAGCAAAGAUGACUAUUAUGACUAUAAGGAAUAUGAUGAAGACGACGACGAGGAGGACGAGGAGGAGGAUACCAAAAUCAAACACAUUCCUUAUGAAGGCUCUCUAGAAUGCUACACCUGUGAGUCAGUGCCCAAUGAGGAGAGCUGUAAUAAGAUCCAAACCUGCCCAUCUGCUAAGUCCUUCUGCAAAACCAUCAUCUCCAAAGGGAACGCAGAGUCCAAGUUCUUUACCACCUACUCGGCGUGGUGCUCAGAUACCUGCCAAGAAGCCACCAAGAUCAUAGAUGGGACUCACGUGACCAUGUCCUGCUGCCAGUUUGACUUGUGCAAUCCCUUGUGGAUAAAAGGCCGAGUCCCAAGACUGAGAGCAAAGGGCUCCUCCAACUGUGGGGGCAUUCUGAUGAGUCUGGGGGUGGUCAUCCUGGGCAUGCUGGGGAGAGACCUCUGAGAGGAGCCACCCCAGGACUGCACUCUGCUGUAUGUCCCUCCCUCCUUCCAGAGCCCCAGAUGCCCCAUGCCCUCUGGCCCUUCUCCUCCUUGUCCCCCAAGCCCACAGUCUUUGUUUUGGAAAUGCUAUGUUCUACCAAAAUCCUUUUCUGCUCUAACAUUCUGUUUGUGUUCAGACCUCUGACAUGCUAGGUUCUCUGACAGUCCAUGUUGUAUGUUCUCCCAUUCCAUGUUCCAUGACCUAAAGUCUCUCUCUGCUCUGACGUUUCCGUGUUCUGUGUUCUAAGGUGUCUUCCAGCUCUAACAUAAUGUGACAGAAUUGCUUUCUCAGAUGGGAGGGCACCUAAGGAAGGAGGAAGCUUCCCUCAGGCCAGCUUGUCUGUCUCCGGAAACCAAGUUACAGGGCAGAAAUGUGCAGACUUCUAGGAUUGUACUCAAGUCUCCCUGGCGUCUCCCUGCCUCAGUCUUCCUGUAGGGAAGAAGAGAGGGUAGGUGAUGAGGGACAAUCUAGAAACCAGCUCCUGUAUCUUGGGGCCCAUCUUUAAUGCCAUAGCUCCAAAUGGGACUGUAGAACAAAGGUCUAAUGUGUGUUUGGGCGGUGGGGAGAGUCAUGAAAGAACAAAAUGUUUCCUGGGCCAGUCAUUUUUGAUAGAAAUCCCACCGACCUCAAAGCAUUUUUAUCCUUCCUGUCUAUCCUCAUGACCGGAGUACUGAUGUCUGAUAAUAAAGUUUUGGUUUCCUUAAUAGACAGCAGGAUUCAAAUCCUCCAAUGACACAAGCAUCUGACAGAUCCCUGCUCCUCUCCAUGACCUAUUUCCUCAACUUUAAAGGGAGAGAGCUAGACUGUGGUUUGUAAGAUCCCUUCCCACUCUGACAUGCUACC